UAAAUCCAUAUCUAGGAGAGUAAACUUGGCAGCGGGAAAAAAGCAAUUUACUCGAGCCUUCCAAGGCUAAGCAGUCCAUAAACUCUUUCCAUUUCACAACAUCAAUGCCACCUUUCAGACAAGUUUAAAAAAGGCCUACUAGAACGCCAUCAGAUUUGGACCAUCAUGUUGAAUUUCAUUGAUGCAUCUUUUUAUAGAAGCCAUGAGAGUCAGUUUCUUAUCGCCUCGGAGGCCUACCAGGUAGCACGCACGAUGAUCACGUUAAUCUGGUGUGCCGAAUUGGUUGUCCUCGUGCCUUAACUGGAUGGAUUCAAGAAUUUGGAAGGACAGGACGCAAUGGAGGACACACAAAAAGGUGAUAAUAAUUUAAUCGCAUUUUCUCAAAUUAUUAGCUCCUUAAUCUGUGUGGACGAAAACUAGGAGAACAAUGUAUUUGCUUGCGAAAUUAUGUCCCUUGAAUUGAGCUUGCUAACGCACAACGAAUUUUCUCCUUUUGCAUAUAGGUAUAAUCUAUUGUAAUGAAUUCCGGGAUGAUCAGCGGUUGGUUACUUGGCUGAAAGGUGUAGAUAUGAAAGAAAAGGAAGACAUUAAAAGUAAAUACCUAGAGGUAAUCUAUCGGUCGCUAUUAUAUUUUGAAAAGAUAACCUCAGUUGAAAAAAGUUUACCACACGGUCAAGACCAUCAGCAACUUCUUAAAGGUUAUAUUUAURUUUCCUAGGUUUAUUUAUUGCAAGUUAACGAGAGAGUGCAUGAGAGCCUUUCUCACURCCAGCUUCGGCGAAGAUCCGGAAGGACCUCUGGAAUACAAUAAAUCAUGCUGCGAAUCGUGUGAUUUGAGUACUGAUUUGGUUUACAACAUUAAAGAUGAUUUCUUGUUGGUGCUGGAGGUGAUUCACGAGCUUCAAGAAAAUACCAGUGAAAAACAGGUAAGUUAACGUGAGACAUAUGCACAAUGCAUGCCUUAACAUUUUACUGAGCAUAUUCAAAAUUAUUGAAGGUUUCAUGAAACCGCUUUACAUUACCUUCCCUCUCCCCCCCGGGCGCAACUGACUUGAGCCUGUUAUUCUUUGAGUCUGUGGUCUUGUCAUACAACUGCUAACCGUAUUUAUUAUAGUUUCUGUACUCGAUCAUAUUCUUUGGACAUAAAUAUUUCGGUUUUAUCUUUGUUUGUAUAUCUUAAAUUGGCUAAGGGGUUCAGGUACUUCCUCUAUGAAAGAUGUUGAAAUGAAGGUUAUUUCCCUUGAGUCCAAUACGUAUGGUAAAGGAACGCAAAAAAGUAGUACGGUAUGGAGCAAAAUCCUACGUCAAGCAGUUGGAAAGGGAUAUGCAGACAUAAUAUUCACGGAAAACAGAUUUAAAGGCUGCCCAAGAAUACAGGAAGUAUACAGUAUCCAAGAAUGGUCAUCAGUUUUUAGAAAACCCAUCUGAAGUCUUUGUGAAAAAUCCCUGUGAUGUCGUAACCUCUAACAAGUCAAGAAGAAGCGAAAGCAAAUGUAAAGGGAAGCAGUACAUGCCCAUUAUAAGAUCUGCUCUUGCAUCUAAAAACAACUGGGUAAAAAUGUCUUCUGAAGAUGAUUAUGUGUACCACGGAUAUGGAAAUUCGCCAGAAAAGUUUUUAUUUUGUGAAGACGUUAGUAAAUUCCGUAACAAAAGUGACACUAUAGAUAUAUUCACUAAUGAUUGUGAAUUAUCUUCUUCAAAAAGCCACACCUCACCCCAGAUAAUAGAAAUUGAUGGCUUAAAGACUGAAGUGAUAGUCAGAAGAUCUGUUUGGGCAGGAGUUAAAGUUUGCGGAGCAUCUGAUUGCAAUUACACUGUUUCGACAGCCCAGCGAAUAAACCGUUGUAAGUCACAUAGCAACUCACACGGUCUUCAGAAGUCUGAACAGUGUCCUGUCAACAUUGUUAACAUAUGGCCAAAGAAACCUGACGACCGGAGAAGGUGGAUGGGUACUUUAAGUCUUGAUGAACCGGUACCUCGUCAUAACCACGGCAAGCCAAGUCCACGAAAAUUACCAUCAUCUCUAGUCAAUGACUUAAAAAGUGCGGUCUUAUUAGACCCUUCCAAAAAGGCAAAGGAGCUCCAGAAAGGUACUGAUAAAUAAUGGCUAUUUUUCACGAAAGCAGCGCUUGUUGACAAAAUGUUUAAUUUUUUUUUUAAGUCGUAUGCACCUAUAAUUUUCAUAGCAACGCGGCAAAGCAGAAAAGUAGAAAUACGUUCUUGCAUGUCUUAGAAAAGUCUUAAGAAAAUGGAUUGGAAAUGAACGAGUAAGGUAAAAGCUAUUUGUGGCUAUCAACUCUUUAGAGAACUUCUUGUUUACAUUUGUAGGACAUAGAAUGCCUUACGUUCCAAUGGAGAAAAGUAUCGUUGCUGCCAACCUCGAUAAAAUUAGAACAGUGAGGAAUCUUGCUUUUAAAAGUACUGGAGGUACAGACGGUGAAAUACAUUUGAUGAGCAAGAUCAUAAAUUUUGAAAAAGAAAUACAGCAGGUUGUGGAUCAACCAGAAAUGGUGUCAGACGAAUCUACCAAUGCGGAUAUGGUUCAGAACAUUAGAGCACUCUCGCUUCCUUACCCGAUGAAGAGGGCCCCUUAUAUAUUCUCUGGAAACUUUCGCGCAGCCUUUUUCAUGAACCCCAACCAGUCACGCCUGUUUGCUUCAGCGGAGCAUCUAAACGUAGAUUUGACAUUCACUGGAAAUGGUUAUAUGCCAUACUUGAUCAACGUGGUAACGUUUGACCUGGAGACAUUGGAAUGGACUCCCGUAGCGCGGUGCCUGUUAAACAAGCAAAAUGGUGAAGCCCAUGGCAAGGUGUUCCGUGAGAUGUUUGCUGCUGUCAACGAACAACAUAAUGAUUUCAACAAUGGCCAGAACAUCGAAGGAAUAACAGUUGACUUCUCGGAUGCAGAAGCUAACGGACUAGAAGAACCUUUAGGCUCGCAAAUGGCAAGCAAGGUGUUGCGUGAAUGCAAGGUUAAAUAAACACUUGUUUCCAAA